UGUUUUGCGCAUGCGUUCGUGGUGUUGUUCGGCGCUGCAGUGUCGGUGUUGUUCAGUGUCGGUUGUUCAACGGAGUAUGGACUGUGGUACUGACCUUUAUGACAAGAUAUCAUGAGCUUUCUUUCCAGUUGACGUCAACGCAAACACCGAGGCCGCAGCGGUGCUGUAUUGUCGCUUUUCACCGGUUUCUCAUCUCCGAGCGAUUCCUAGGAAAAUGCAAAGAGUCAUGAGUUUGAGAACAGGAUGGCCCCUGCUGAGGUCAAGAUGUGAAGGAGCUGCAAAACAUUUUGACAGUUACAUCUCAGGAAGUAAAAGCCAUGUCCAUUCUCAGAUCUCCAGCUCCUUUGGGCUCCUGUUUGACAUUGAUGGGGUUCUGGUGCGGGGGAGAACACCAAUCCCUGCUGCCAAGCAGUGCUUUAGGAAUCUGGUGGACAGCAGUGGGAAAUACAAAGUUCCUGUGGUGUUUGUCACCAACGCAGGAAACUGUAUGAGGCAGACGAAAGCUGAACAUCUCUCGCAUCUCCUUGAAGUGGAGGUUUCUCCAGACCAGGUGGUGCUAUCCCACAGUCCUUUGCGUAUGUUCACCCAGUUCCACAAAAUGUGUGUGCUGGUUUCAGGUCAAGGUCCUGUGGAGGAGGUCGCUCACAAUCUGGGUUUCCAGAAUGUGGUGACAAUAGAUAAGCUCAGAGAAGCAUAUCCUGUACUGGACGUCGUGGAUCACAACAGAAGACCCAAAGGAAGUAUUCCACCAACCAAAGCCUUACCACCUAUAGAUGCUGUCAUCUUAUUUGGUGAGCCAAUUAGAUGGGAGACCAACCUCCAGCUUAUCACCGAUGUCCUUUUAACAAAUGGGAAUCCAGGCAGCACCUGGAGUUCAGCACAGUACCCUCACAUCCCAGUCUUAGCCUGUAACAUGGACCUGCUGUGGAUGGCUGAGGCUAAGAAUCCCAGGUUUGGUCAUGGUAUGUUCGUGGUGUGCUUGGAAAGCUUAUACAAGAAGAUAACUGGCCAUGAGCUCAAGUACGAGGCUCUGAUUGGUAAACCCAGUGUGGUGACAUACAACUACGCUGAACUGCUGAUCAGGCAGCAAGCUGAAAAACUGGGCUGGACCACACCUGUGAAGAGGCUGUAUGCUAUUGGUGAUAAUCCAAUGGCUGACAUUUAUGGCGCCAACCUCUACAACCACUACCUCCAGGCUUCUCACGGUGCCAAGGGAAAAAAGGCUAAGAGUGGCAGAGGUGGUGUAGUCAGAACUCACUCCUUGACAGAAGCCGAUAACAGUGAACGGCUCUCAGCAGAGCCGGGUGGAGCCUCUGCUGUGUUUGGGUCAGAGGAAGAACUCCCAGAGAAGUGCCACUCCAUCCUGGUGUGCACAGGAGUGUACAGCAGAGACCAGGAGGAGCUGCUGUCAGACACGACACAGACCGUCACCGAGCAGCAGAUCUUCCACGGCCACCGCGACUUCCAUUUUGACCCAAGCCUCACACAGCCGUCCUUUGUGGUGCAAGAUGUAAAGGAGGCUGUGGAGAUGGUGUUCCAACAGGAAGGUUGGCCAUUGGAGUAACGCACUCUGGGUAACAAUGCAGAUACCUCUGCUACUAAGGCUAGUUUUUUUAGGUUUUUUUAAGUGCCAUAGAAUACGUUGCAAAAAAAAAAAUGGUAAAAAGAUGGCUGUUUCAUUAACAUCUACUGGAGAGUAGCAGCAGAAAAAAUGGUCAUGCAUGUCAGUGUCUUUCAGACAGUGAUGCUGCUGUUUAUUUGAUGUUUUUAUGCAAACAUGAAUUCUAACAGCUGUGACAUGUUGAAUAAUGAUUGACAAAAACCUAUGGUACAUUUAUUUUAACUAAGCUUUUCAUGGCGUGGUGCUAAGUUCACCAUCAUGUCACAUAAGGACUAAUGUAGAAAUUCUCACCAGAAUCACAAUUCUGCUGACAGCAGCACUUUUGCCCAGAUAAAUGAGAACAUUUUCACAAUAGUCUAGUCUAACCAGACCAUCCUGUCUUAAAAAAAAAUAUACUGUAUGUCCCUGAAAGGGUUUUUUUGUGGUUCUGCUGUUUGUAUUACCAUCACGUGUUUCGGCUUCAGUUUGUUUUUAAGCUUUGGCAGGCAGGAAACCACUAAUGCUGUCAAGUUCAACUUUUGACUUUUAAGUCAAAUUUACAAUACACUUUAAAGCAAUGAAAAUUGAAUUGUUGUUUUUGAAUUGUGCAGAAAUGUAUGAACGACAAAAUAUUCAACUACUGUAUAUAAAUAAUAGUUACAUUUUC